AUCUUGAUUAAACUAAAUCAAAGGUCAUAGUACCGUACACAUGUUAAGAUAAGAUUUUGAUAUUAAAUUCAAAUCAUAUAUAAACACAAACGGAAAAAGCAAACUAAAAUCUUGGUUAAACUGAAUACCAAUAUUUAUUCAUCUAAAUAAGAGGUCAACUUAAGUAUAUAUUAUAGUGUUACCAUGAAAGCAGUGUUCAUAUUUUCCGUGGUUAUAUUCGUAACUAUGGUUGCAACAGAAAUUCGUGAGGAUCAUGAUUGUAUCUGUCCUGACUACUGGGAACCUGUAUGCGGAACAGACAACAAAACCUAUUCUAAUCCUUGCUUCAUCAACUGCGAAGCUCAAUAUACUCCUGGACUGGAAAUUGCCUACCGUGGAUGUUGCGUGGAUGAUCCAGACCCAUGUGCUUAGGAUAAUAUGUAAACAUACAUUGUAGCUUAAAUUUUUUUAAAAUUAUUUUGUAGUUUAAAUUUUUUUAAAUUAUUUUCAUUUAUUUUCAUUGUAUUUUUUCCAAUUUUAGUGUUUUUUGUUGUUGUUAGAAUAUCCUUUUUUCUUUCACGCAUGGAAAAGUUGGCCUCAUGAUCCAUUAUAUAAAUUUGUAUUAGUAAAAAUAAAUAUAUUAUACUUAA